AUCGCCAUAUUGUGUAGGAAAAGGAACAAUAAUAAUCUCUCAGCUGUAAAUAUUUUCGAUUGAGCUGGGGUAUAAUUUUCCAAAAUUGAUAUAUACAUUUGGGAUGCUUCUUAUAACUGAUUACGAUGUAUAUCCAUCGUGGAGGAUUUUAUCUACAAUAUAUCAUUUGAGAAAAUAAGGGGGAGAAUUGCUACAAUGGAUGAGAAAAAUGACUUUAGUUUGCUCAGUCACCUGAGUUCAAUGUAUCCAGAUUUGUCUCGUGUAACUGUGUUAAAAAUUAUGCAAGAGUGCUCACAUGACAAAGAAAAGUGCAUAAAGGCACUGCAACAUGAAGUUAAAAAAGAUCCCAAUUUUUCAAAUCAGCGUGUGACAACAGUUUUGGAGCCUAAUUUAAGCAAUAACAACGUUGUUAGUCAGAAUGAAGGCAAGUCGAUCAGUACUCGAAUAAAAGAGUUACAAGUGUCCCAUGAGUCUAGUGGCUCCCAGAAACCUUUUCCAGGUGAAAGACAUGUUAGUACAAUUGAAAGAUCUGUGGGGAAUGCAGCACGUAACGCAGAACAAAAAAAACCACUUGUUGGCCAGUCUGUCUCCUGGACUUUACAGCCUGGAGAUAAACCAACUCCCUCAGGGACUAAUGCUCAAGCCUCCAAGGCUCUUCCUGGAUCUUCUGGCACCCCACAGACUGCUCCUGCUGAUUUCACUCCUUUUAUGUUCACUAACUCCGCCACAGAUAUCCCUAACAUUGAUUGCCGAACUCACGGGGCUAUAGUCAAUGUGCAGAAUCCCAACCGACCACGCCAGGUGACUAUCAAUUCAUCAUCAGCUUCCAAUAGUCCCGGAGAGCAGAGACGUCCUGUGAAAGUCAUCAACAUUCCUCCAGGGUCGUUGUCAGGAGGCUCAGUGUCGCCAGCCGCCACGCCGCCCAAUUCUCGGCAUAUCCGAAUGCAUUUUGGUGACACCGGUGGCGUCUGCACGGUCACAGCACCUCCGUCUAACAUGCAGCGGUAUGGUUCAACACCAAAUGUUAGCCAACACUAUCGAAGUGAGAUACGCACUGAAGCCACUUCCUCACAGCCUUUGCAUUCUUCUAGUAUAGUUGUGAACACCACUAGCCAUUUAAACCAUUUGACACCAGAUAGAAAAAUAAGUAAUAGUAGCAAUAAUGACAGUAUUGGGGAUGGGAGGCGAACUCCUGUUCACCUAAACUUAAAUGCCGGAAGUGACUUUCAGAAUUUUGGGGUGAACAAUAAUUUUACACCUCGGCCAUUGUCGACGCCUGUGCAGGCUUCAUCUCCUGGCAUAGCACAUUCUAAGCCUGUAUUUGUUGAGAUCAAGCGAGAUCAAGUGGGGAACACUCAUAGUGGGUAUAAUGACCCAAAUUUUCAAACAAAUUUCUUUCCCACUGUCAGGGCGCCACCUACAACUUAUUUGCCUUCACAGAAUUUAGUAUAUAACAUGCAUGGGAACCUUAACUAUAAUCCACAAUACAAUGCAGAAUUUCCAAAUUCACAGGAGCAGUUUCAUCUCAAUCAACAACAAAAGCAUGCUGGUUACAGUACCCCACCAUCGAAUGUUUAUCAACCAGCCAGUAGUAAUUACAAUUCAUAUUCUCAGUUCAACGUGGGUUACCCCCUUAUGGGUGUAUCUGGGCCAGUAUCCUCACAACCUCCCAGUCAUCUUUCGCAUUUCGCCCAUUAUAAUUCUCCGACUCCUGUAAUGCAUUACCACACAAAAAGUCCUGGUGUAGGAAAUUCACAGCCGAUGCUUAACAGCAGGUCCAACAGCCAAGAUAGUGAUCACAGUGCUGGUGGGGACUACGAUAACCGCCAGCUCCACUUCAAUAACAUGGGCUCUCGUGUCUCUAGUCACAGCAGCAUCAACUCUGAUUCCUCCUCAAUUCGCAUGGAUAGAGGGGAUCAGGGGGUGCGGCCGCGCUCUGGGAGUAUACAGGACGAAGCUGACUACAUUCAGGCUUUACUGGCACACCAGAAAAGUAGAAAGAAAAACCUCCAGGAGUACACUGAGCAAUACAGAGAUAUCUUAGAGAAUCUACGCUCUGAGGUUCACAAUAUGGAGACAAGCAUGUUAGAAAAUAGCCAUGCUAAUAGUAGCUUUCCCUCAAUUGGAGACAUUUCCAGAUUAUGUGAGAAGAAUCGAUUACUUCAGACUGAUAUACAAAUGUAUAUGAAUGAAAUUGACAUGUACAAAAGUGGCCAAACUCCAUUCAACAAAAUCAACCCUCUAGACCAGCAGAACUUUUUUGCCAAUAUGCCGACAGGACAACAAGAUCCUAUUUAUUCCAGGUCAUCUGAUGCAUCUGCUAUUCCUCCACCAAGACCACCACCUCCUAUUCCUGUAAGGCAACGUUCAACUGAUAUAACAGUUGGGGGUGCAAGUAGUGAUAUCUUUCGUGUGCCCCCUGUUCCUAUGUUUCAACCUACUGUCAACUCAGGGGAUUCUGAAGAAGGGGAUCAGUGGAACUGUACUUUCUGCACCUUUUCCAAUCACCCGGCCCUCAAGAAGUGUGAGGUGUGCGAGAUGCCCAGGGUAGGCCCAGGCUCGUCUGCUGCUCCGCCUCUCCCACCUCACCAGCCCCUCACCUCCCAGCCGCUUCGGCUUGCCCCGGGGAUGGUGAGUAACAUCCGGCCGCCAAGUGGGCCACCAUCAUCUGCUUUAGGACACCACCAUCGUGCGGGUACAUAGAGCUUCCUUAUACCCUGGUAUUGCAAACUCUUUCACCUCACCUGGGAGUUGAUGGGUUUUUAGAAAUAAAAAAUUAGGUGUGGAAGGAGAUCAAGGGACCUGAGCUGCAUGUUUCUUCACUUGCCUGCCCAUCACCCAUUGUUGUCUUUCAAGUUGUUCUGCCUGCGGGAGUGUUGGAGUCUCAUCAUACAUCAACUCAGCUGCAUGCCCUUUGUUGUAAACAGUUUGAAAAAAAAAAACUGGUCCUGUAUUUUCAAUGUCAACUAACAGAGCAUGAGUGAUUGAGCUAAAAAAAAAAUUUUCUAGAGGAGUGAUAUAGACCGUUCGGUAAAUUGUUAAUAGUGUUGACAGUUUUCAGUGUCCCUUAAUCAUCAAUUUAUUUCAUUUUUAAAGCAUCAAGUUAUUAAUUAUUCAGAAAACUGAUCAGUCAUUGAGUAUUGGCUUAACCAUUAUAAAUAAUCAUAAACUAAUACUUUUGCAAUUGGCCUGUAAUUAUCAAAAUAUUUUUGCUCUCUUAAAACAAUUUUUUUUUCUCUUUAUACAAUUUUAAUUAUUUUUGCCCUCCAAGUAUAAUUUUUUAAACAAAUUUUGUUCAUUGCUCUCUAAUUCUCCUACUCAAUUUAUAAAAUGCUAAAGCCUUAAAAACUUUUCUGAACCAAUUAAGCGAUAUUUAUUGACUUCAUUAGUGAUGAGUGUUGACCACAAAUGUUUCCUCCUUUCUGUUUUUAUUUGUUUUCUUUCCUUCAGGCUUGUAUUUUAUUUUCAUGAAUUGUAUCAUUUUAUAGCAUUUUGAGAGUUGAUGUGUGAGCGUGCAGAAGAGUGUAGAUUAAGGUAAUCUACAUGUUCAUUUAUUUAUUGGCCGCUGUAAAAAUAACUGCCUUUAGUGAUUCAAGGUGUACAUUAUUGGUUCUAGCAUUUGUGAUUGAACUGUCAUGAACUUUAACAUACUGCAUAGAUUUUUCUGUGUUUGGCAUUACGUUCCUUAGGAUCAAUUUUUAGGACAGAAUAAAUUUCAGAAAUUAAAUUUGCAUUUUUAUUACAACAGACUUUUAAAAUUAUUUUUUUUUUUUAAAGAAAUGUCUGUUUUUAAUCAUUGGUUUUAAUGCUUGGUUUGAAACAUUACCUUACUUGGCAUACAUUUUUAGUUUUAUAUUAAAUCACUGUGUUAAAAAUCUUAACUACAGGCAUUGCCUGUGUUUUUCUAGUACUUAGUUAUGUAAUUAAUAAGCCCUAGAUGAUGAAAAUCUGGUUUUACAAGCCUUAGCAUAUCUCUGUGGUGCUCUAUUCAACUUUAUCUGUACUGGUGUAACUUUAUUUGUCUAAACUUGGAUGUUUCUUGUUUUAAUUUUUGUUAAACACUUAUUCUAGGUAACAAACUUGACUCUUGAAACUUAUGUGAUAAUGGCACUGCAUCUCGCAUAAAGCAGUUAAAGAAAAAGAAAUUUUUAAAUAUCUAAAGUUAAUUGAUAGCAUGUCAUAAUAGCAUGUAUUACAUUUAUAUGUAAUCAGGACAUUGCAUUUUUGGAUCCAUUGCACUAUCUGUUGCAAUGUUUUUUCACAAGUGCUACUUUAAAAUAAAUGCGGACAGUUGCAUCAAUUUUAGGGACCAAAGUUAAUGCUGGUUCUAGAAUAGAGUCAACAGUUCAGAGCUAGUUUAAAAUAUAGAACUUGUUGGAGCUUUUAAUAAUAAAAUAUAACACUUUAUUCAACCAGUGUAAGUCUUCAUUUAAUUCAAAUCCUCUGUAACUUGUUUUUAACGCUGUGUGGCCUCCUUUAAAAUCAAAGCCAUAUACACAAGGCUUAUCUUCAGUAGAAUAUUCAUUUCUGCGUGUGGUGUUUAAAAAACUUUGGGAGUGUAAACCACACGUUGAUGAUGAAAGAAUGUAUGAUCUGGUUGGCUGGUUCUUCUCAGAAUGUUUUGUUGCUGCCCAGACUUAAGAUAAUCCUAGAGAAAUUCCAAUCUACCUGCAGUAUUUGAGUGAUUUUGUAGUCUGUGAAAUAGCAUUUUGGGAGUAAAGCAUAAUUCUUGAUGUCAUAAUAUGCAAGAUUUUUAUGGGAGAGAAUUUAUGUAUCUUAGUUUAUUUUAGUGUUGUUUGAUGGCUGUUCUCUUAGUCUUGUAGCUGUACAACAGGCUGGACCUGAGCUCUGCUAGGAAUUAUUUUGAUACCCUCUCUGUUUUAAUACCAGCCACCUUAGUCUUAGUGCAUUUAUAUCCCUUUCAGGUUUACAAAAAUGUUUUUUUUAAAUAAAAAAAUAAAUAAUGUGUGAAUGGUUUAUAUCGGUUAGACGAUUAAUGGCAAUGUUUUUUUUUUUUUUUGUUUAAAAUUAAGCUUUAAUGUAUAAACUAAAAUUUUGCAGUUGAAUUAAAUUAUACAGUAUUUUAAGCGUUCUUGUUUGAAUAAAAAAAAAUUCUGUAGUUUAUCAACUCUGAAAAGUUUUGCUCUACUUAUCCUAGAUAAUGCCCUUCUUAAAAUUUGUGUCUGAAACUAUCUUAAGC